AUGGAACGCGCCGGACGCGUCGCGCUGCUGGCGCUCUGGUUUCCCCUCGCGCUGGCCCACAAACACCCUGCAGUUGUCGACAUUGAUCCCAAGGUCCCAAUCGACUGGAUCAUGUACACCCACAUGGCAGUGCAGACGUUUGUAUGGGCCAUCCUCUUCCCUAUCGGCAUGGUCCUGGGCUUGUCCAAAUCACGCUUUCACGUCCCCGUCCAGGCUGUCGGUGUAGUGGCGACGCUUGUGGGAAGUUACCUCGGACACAACCACGGCGGGCGCGAGUUCGCAGCGACAGUGCACGGCAUCAUGGCCCAGAUCAUCUUCUGGGUCCUGAUGGUCCAGACGGCGUGUGGCGUAUUCCUGAGGCUCCACAUUCUCAACAAGACCGUGCGGCCAUGGAUCAGGCGAGUACACGGCCCUCUGGGAAUGGCAUUCCCUAUCAUUGGAUGGACGCAAAUCAUCAUGGGCGUCGUGACCGCGCUCGGUUUCUGUCGCGGAGGCGAGAUCAACCAAUGUCUCGCGCACUAUAUCAUGGGCUCGGCGUUCAUCGCCUACGCCGCCAUCCUGGUCAUCAUGCUCAACCUCGGCGGUGCGUGGCUCCAACGCCGCGGAUGUAGUCAGGAGAUGCUCGACUCAAGCGUCAUCCUCGUCUGGGGCAUCAUCAACACGUUUACCGAACACCAGGGCGGCCCAUGGACACACAAGGACAUGCAACACACCAUGAUGGGCGUGCUGUGGUGGGCUGGCGGCUUGCUCGGCGUCUUCCUGAGCCGCAAAGGCAAGCGCUCGUUUGUGCCCGCCGUAAUCAUCAUCAUGACUGGCUGGGGCAUGAGCGCGCACGAGCAGGAGCUCAUGAUUUCUUCAAAGGCAAGCCUCGUCCCUGAUUCUCCUAACUCCAGAUUCACGCAAUGUUCGGCGACUCCCUCUCCCACCGUCCGCAUCUUCCAACACCUCCCGCCAUACCUCCUCGUAUUGAGCGGGAUCACGUUCAUCAGUGCAACCAACGAGGAGAUGAAGAAUGCCAACGCGCUCGGCAUCGACCACGUCACCUACGCGCUCUUUGACUUUUCCCUCUCUUUCCUCGUGUACCUCGUCAUCACCUUCCUCGUGCACCUGUACUCGAAUUCGGGGCGGAACGCCAUGAUCAUGGGCGAUGGCGAGCCUGAAGCGGGGUAUGCCAAGCUCGACCAGCGCGACCGGGGCGAGGAUGGGUUGCCUGAUGGGCCAGAGGUGUUUGAGCUCACAGAGGCCGAGGGGAGCCAGGACGGGUCGGAAUUGACGGGCGACUCGGACGCCGUCAAGAUAGGCGGCGAGGACGAGGUCGACUGGAUGCAGCACGACGAGAUGCGCGGCGGCGCGCUGCGCCUGUAG